CUGUGAUUGGAUGUCAGAAUUUUGAUUUUUGAAUUUGAAAUUUAACGAUAAUGAAUAAAUCUUUUUGUGUAAUCUUAGUCUUGUAAGAAAUUUAGAUAUUUUAAGAAAAAAACACUAACUUAAGUGCAAUCCUACUGUCACUGAAUGCGUAUUGGGAUAAAUUUUUGAUUUCCGAUCAACAAUUUUAAUGUCACGAGUACUUAUAUAUAUCACAUAAAAAGAAAGUUUUUGGAAAAAAACAACUGAAAACCGGUUUGAAUAUUUGAUAAUAGUGAUUACUGAGUAAGUUGUCAGAUGUGAUUUCUAGUGAAACUGAUAUGAAAAGUUUGGAUCAUGUAAUCACAUCCGGUACGGAUAUGUGCCCUUUAGGUAGCACUCCAUACAACGUAGUCAGUGCUGCCAGUUCAUAUACUUUUGCUGCCGCAAAUUCAAUCAACGAUGAAGAAGCUAUUUUAGGUAUGGAUGAUUCCCAAACACCAGCUACGUCACUUAGUGCAAGUCAACUGCUCAAAUUGAAACGUCUUCAUGAUGAGGUUGGGCGACCAAUUCAACGAAGAGACUCCAAAUCUCCUCGCUGCACUUCUCACACACCAUCACAGGCCCAGUCUCCCAUAUAUCUACCUGCUCGUUCUCAAAAUCAGUCACAAUCACUCGAAUCAGAAGCAAUUGUCACACGGUGCCCACAAACUUCCCAGCUUCAACAAUCUCAGCAGUCCAUUCAAUACACCUCGUCAGUAUUGUCAAACACCUCUGGGCUUAACUCCGAAUUUCGACCAUUCCCCGUGCAUUUAAAUCAAGACCCUGCUCAUAAAAGUAACCCAAAACUUGAAAUAGAUGAUGAUGACGAUGAUGAUAUGGAAGAUUUCGAGCUCAAAAACGUUACGAAAAUGUAUGAACCUUCUGUUGCUACUUCAUUUCAGUCUUCUUCUGUACCGUCUCAUAAGUUAACUUCAAAUCGUUUUUCGAUAACAGCGCCUUAUCUAGUGUACCAACAACUAUAUCUUCAGAACCAGAAGGUCUUCCUUUUAUGAGUGCUCACUACCCUUCAGUAAUGAGAUCACCUCGCAUAAAUUGGCCAAUUGGACGUCCUAUUUUUAAUCCAACACUUGCUGGCAGCUUGAGGUUGCCAUCACAAUGUUUUAAUCCUUUAGCACCUGCUACAGUUCGUUGUUUUACGGAAGCAGACCAAAAUACAGGUAGUCGUAUUUUUGGUCAAGGUCUUUCUACACCGCGAGCGUCAACGAAUGAAAGUGUUGGUGAUCACUUUUUACUGUCAGGCAAACCCUUCAUUUCCUCUUCCAUAUCUCCUAUUUUUCUGGUUCGGGUGGAAUUCCUAUUAUGACCACUGUCCAAUCCUCUACAAAUGCUUCUGUAUGUUCAGGGCCGCCUAAAAGAACAGUUGUCCACAAGUAUCACUCUUUUAGAAAAAUUUUACCGAAAUCAGAUAGACCAGUCAUGCUUCCGACUGCACCAGGAUUCAGCAUACCUCCAUUCAGUACGAAUACCGCAGCACUAGGUAGAUUUUCAGUAUCCAGUAGUAGUUUUGGCAUGUAUAGACCUGGUCCACUUAGUGCUAAUACUGUUUUACCUUGCGAAGUAACCACUAGCAGAACUUAUAUCAUGGACAUCGGCACAUCAAACCUAACUGAUGAUAGUUCAUCAAUUCCAAUUCGACGCAAUUUGUGUGCUACUUCUUUAGCGCUUGCUAACUCAAACCAGUCAAUAUUAGCGACUAAUCCAGCAUCUCAGUUACUUAAAAGCCUGCUCGAACGUGAUGACUCGCGCUCUGCCACCGGUGUUGUUACAACAUUUGCUGCAGAAAAUAAUUUGUCGUUUUCUAUGUCUACUGUUGUUAGCUCUUCAAGCUCCACUUCUGGAAGUGGGACUCCACUUUGGAAUCAGCCGGCUCAUCAGAGUCGUGGAACAUGGCAACUAGGUAAACGAGCUGUCAGUAGUUCCAACCAUCGCUCUCCUUCAGAUAGCGUAUCUCUCAAAAUAUCUCAGUCUGUUUUCCCUACUUCAUCCAACUCUCAGCCUCACUCCUCUCCGAAUUCAUCAAAUCCCCCACCUAUUCUCCCACCAACUUUACGUUUAACACCAGGACCUACUUCUCGAUUACAACAGCUUCAACAACAUUAUCAACGACAACAAGAGGCUCAAAGACGCUUCGAACAGGAUUCAUUAAGUAAACUAGGUGUUGCAGACAGUGUAUAAACAUAAGCCGUAGUUCACCUUCUCUUGUCGUCCGUAUUAAUACUAAAAAGAAAUGAAAAUAUUUAACUCAUGCUUGUUAAUCUGUAAAAUUGUUUGCCGCAUACACUGUAACUCACGUGUCAUUCCUUGUACACUAUAUCUCCACAAACUGGCAGCAACAACGGCUACUUUUCAGAUGUUUUUUUCUUUCUCCUUCUGGAUUCACAUCAUGGUGUAAAUAUGAUCUAAUAAAUAAUUACGUAUAUUUCAUAACUACGACUAUUAAUAAUCUAUUAAAAAUAUAUUUCUGCAUACAUUAUAGAUAAUUGAAAGUUGUGACUAUGUUUCUAGCAAUUCUACUUGUUAAUUAUUAAUGUGUAAUCUGAAUAUACAUGUAUGUAAUUCAUUCAGUCACAUUGUGAACGUGUAUUUGAUUGGAAGUUUUACCUGUUGAUCCACCUUCUCAUUCAUACAGAGUUCACAUCAAUGCAUUCUAUUUCAUAUUUAAAUAAAUUUUAUUCGUAUAUUUUUUAUUGUUCAGAAUAUUCAGACCAAAACAACAUACAUAGAUACAUAAUCCCAAAUAGUCCCUUCUCUAAUUCAUAGAACCUACGUAAUUUCCAUCUUCUUGGUGAGAUUUUUAACUCUCGCAAACAAAGCCUACAAACUCAACAUGAUAUAUAUAACGAAGUUUCUAUUUUCACUUGUGAUGUCUCUUCGUAAUUAUUUCACCAUUAUUUUCCUUAGCUUCAUGAUGUCGUAAUUGUCUUUUUCCUUAAAAGUAAACGUAUGUGAGAGCUUUAACUAUUGAAUCUUUCCUUUUAAACUACAAUACCACUAUUCAUUUAAUUAGUGAUAUUGUAGACAGCGACUGGUGUGAGAGUGUUAUAUGUGUUCGAUCUAUUUGGUCAUUUAUGUCAUAAUUAUUCAGUUAUAUUUAGAUAGUGAGUAACUAUACUGGAUUCAUUUUUCUCUUGUUUGCUCAACGUCUGAUGAGCUUUGUUUUUUAUUUUCAAAGCCAAGUGGAAACUUGUAAUUAUAAUAUUAAUGUAAAAAUCACAUAAAGUUAUGUUAAUAAUCACACUUACUUGUCAAACCUACCUCGUCUUACUGUUGCGUCUUAUACAAAACGGUAACUCCACAGAUAUAUGGGCGAUGGGCUUAUGGUUGUGUGUCCGAUUUCUAAACACUAGCCAGUAGGUUCGAAUCCCUCUGCCUAUUUUGCUCGGGUGGUAUCACAAACCCUCAUUUGUGGUGUGGUUCAAAGCCAAGCACAGGAAAUGUCUGCUUGAAGGGUUUAAUAAUUGAUGUCUAGUAACAACCAGGCUUAUUUGUGUUGUGGGACUAAAAAGAAAUAUUGAUUGACUCAUACUGGACAGGUUCAGUUGUGAGGACGUCAAUCUUGUUUUCUACAAAAUUUAUCUAUUCUAAUUAAAUUGACUGCGUUCUUCAGCUGGCCACAUUUUAUAUCUGCAGAAGGAUAGGAAAUAAGCUAAAAGACAAGAAGUGAAGAUUAACUAGAAAAAAAGCAAAUUCAAUUAGAGAGUAUCGAAUAUAUGGUGAUAAAUUGAUCAUGACUUAGUUGAACAUAAAGAACUCACUUGGGUUACUGUACUAUUUCUUGAAUACUGCCUUUUGAAUCAUGAUUACAGUUAUCGCGUAAAUCUUACGAAAUGACAAUUUUUACCCUGCUAAAUAGCUCAUGGACUAAUGUGAUGGAGUAGAUGGUGUUCGGGCUUUGGGUAAAGCAAACUUCCGUCUUUAAAAUCCUAACCAAAGUGGGUAAAAUAGGAUGAAUGAACAAAAAUCAGUGACUUCAUCGUAAUGUCUGAUUUGAUUGGAAGUUUGGGAAAAAGAGUCCUUAUUUGGUUAGUCCCUCAGUGGAGGUAUUAUAAAACUCGAGCCAUGAGACGCAGCUACAGUUGAGUCAGCACGAACUUCUUGCUUUGAAGGCCCGUUGAAGGAUGUGUAUACGCAGGUUUUGCGUUCCCGGAUUAUUUUUAAGAUUUUACAAAAGCUAUUUUCUAGCUGUCACAAGAUUCUUGUUAUUUUAUUUUAAGAUAGAAACAAUCAGUGACCAAAGUGAUUCGAAUUGAGUUAUGUCCAGCUUCCGAAACCCUGGCUAACCUAUCACUCACUUUAUUCAGUAAUCGUGGGUUUUGGUCCUUUAAAACACCUGAGGUUGACUCAAUAUCUAGGCGCUUUUGUCAUCCUCAAAUUCGUUAUGACUUUUCCAAUAUUGUUAUGAGAUGGAGCCCUGAAAUCUAUAUGUUGUGAAAUCAUUUAAUGAAUAGUGCGGAACUGAAGAUUAUCUGGUGUUUGCCGUCCAGUCACUCUAUCGCAAUAAUAAUCUUGCUAACUCCUAACUUUAAUCCCAG